CGAGCAUUUUCUAUAAAUAUGCAAUAAAGUGUUGCAGGAAAAAACAGUGGUUAAUUGUGCUCGAGCUUUACUGCAAUUUCAAGCAAACGAUGAAAAUGAAAACCGUCCUUAUCCGCUACAUCUUAGUCCUGUGCGCUUUGCUCCUGGCUAACUCUGCCUAUGCUGCUGAUGAGUACUGUGAUCCGGACAGCGAUGGCAAGCCUAUUUGUCAGUCCAUUUCAAACGGUCAAACAUAUCGCAACUUCUGGAAUCCCACAAGGUAUUGGGUGUGCAAUGGAAGUGGUGAACCGAUAUCCAAACGCUGUCCCAGCGGUACUGCUUUUAGUGGUGAAACUAAUAAAUGUGUGCCAUGGAUCGAUUGGGUGUGGGUGCCGCCAUGUCCUGAAGUUAAUUAAUUUGAUAUUCUACAUUCGGUACAUUGGUUGGCUUUAUGUAUUUGAGGAAAAUCCGAAGAACUACUUUUUUACUAAAUAAAAAAAUGAGUGAUGGAAAUUUUUAUUUGGAUACUUACAAUUUGUUCUGUUUAGUCGUAAAGAUGAUGUCCGUCAAAUGACUCAAAUCGCAUAUUCCACCAGAACAGACUGUUAGCCUAACCUACGCUAUUAAUCCUAAUAUCCGAAAAAUAAAUACAUAUAUGAAACACUUAUUUUGUCCUGAAUUUUUUCGACU